UCAUUAAUCAUUCCCCGUGUUGUCCCCUUUCAAUGGUUGACUUUUUGUGACCCCCCCCCCAUGAUUACCAAUGGUUUUACACUCUAGUUUUGCUGUUCAACCCUUCGAACCACAGUGCAAUAACUUGCUGCCCAGACUCAAUGCCUUCCCUGUGGUCAAUCCUGUGUGGCACAGGGAAUUCUUGUUUUGUUGUCAUUUUACCUUUUCUUCCUAAUAUAUGAUCUUCAUACGCAUCAACUUGCAACUUAGCAAGAAAUGUCCGCAUGGUCUCGUAGUUUGUCUUCAAUAUUUUCGUUUGGGGAGAAAUUGUUGUCGUCCGUUUGUGCAAAAUACAAGUUCUACCCCGGUGUGUUCAGUAGAAUAAAGCAAAACCUACUGUAGGGUUACCAUGCUGUUCAGUGGGAGAGGUGGUUAGGUGCUCAAUGUUUUUCAACAUGGCAAUUUUCCUAACGCACAUGGGUCGCAGAUAGGUUGUGUGUGAGUCGAAGGGUUAACAAUCCCAUGUUAGCGUCAGCAAUGGGAAGCUGUGCAGGAGGAGGAAGUUUGAGGGUUAGACCGAGCUGACAGACAAGAGAAAUAGGCGUAGUCAGUCCAGAGUCAGUUGUAUUAAAAAAAAAGGCAAAUCUGAUCUCAUUUGUCCUCCCAGUGCCUUUGUCUGGUCUAUAAGUUGCAUCUCUCGCAGUAACAGGACACUGCUUAUCAAGAGUUGUCAGCUUUUCUUCCAGAAUUGGAAUCCUAAAUUCAAGACCUAGCUAAAUGUAAUAUAUUCCUUAAAAUGGAGUAAGAACAUGCUAGAUUUUCAGUAUUGUGUAAAACAAAUACUUAUAGGUCAGCUAGUUAUCAUUAUCAUUAAUUCUUGCUUCGGCUGACAGUAUGAGCUUAAAUGGCCUGAAAGUCUCAGGUUCGUAGGUAGGGCUCAUGUGAAGCCUGCAUGUAGAGAGAGCUCUUUGUACAAAGUUGUCAUGUAAAGAUAUUUUUAUUUUACAACUCUCUCUGUAAAAUAGAAAUAUGUUAUCAAGAAAAAUUGUGUACCACAAUUCCACAGGCCCAUACUAACUGUCCUUAAUUUCUCUCCUACAGCAGUACUGCUUUGCCAGUCCUGUACUGCACUCUGUUAAGGGUGCAGCAACUCCUCCUGUGUAGGUUAUGGGGAACACAGAGAGCUGUGAACUUGUCAGAUUGGUCAGGGUCCACUGGCUGCUUGUUUGGGGCCUUUGAGGGGAAUCAGAUGCAGCCCAGCCACAACAAACCUCUACCCAGAGAGACUCUUUAGUUUUUCAAUUUGGCGCAUCAACAUCCAAAAAUUAUGAAGCUUAUCUAGCCCAUGCAUUCACAGUAGAAAAUUGCUGCCCAAAUAUUUGAAGGAUUAUAUUUGCCUUUUGAUUUGAUCAGUUUGUCCUGAAAAAGAAGUCCACAUCUAAAUGUGUGAUGAUUCAGUGCCACUCUGAGUCACUGACAAAGGCCUGUUAUACGACAUCUGGGCUUGAGUUAUUAUUUUCUCAUUUUUACAUAAAUGCAAAAGUAGAUUCUUCGAUUUGAUAGUACUGUGGUAGUUUCAUUCCAUGGUGUAACCUCACUUCAUUUUUAGCUGCUAGUAUCUGGACCAAAGGGUCUCGCAUAAAGUUUCUAGUUUUAAGGUUAUGCCCCAAGAAGAUGCUUUGCUUUUUUGAGUGCCAUAAAUCAAUGCAACACAGGUGGUAUUCUGUUGUGUGUGAGUUCAAACCCUUUUCCAAAGUGUUACUAAUGGUAAAGAGAAAUUUUCUAGGCUUCUUUUCUGCCGGUUGAAGUCUGACUGCAGAAGGACCCUUGGCACUGAAAGUGGGGCAAAACACCGGAUCCCAAGAUGCAGGUCAGGUCGUACGUGGACGUCAUGUUGGAGCAGAACUUGUCCAAAGAGGAGAGAGAGAUUCGUCUGCAGAUGGCAGAGAAGGCCAAGACAGGGGACCUGAAAGUUGUGAACGGGUCUGCUGCCGCCGCUGCAGCAGCAGCCGUAAAGCGCAAGCGUCGCUGGGACCAGACAGCUGACCAAACCCCUACUACUAAUACUACACCCAAAAAGAUGUCCAGCUGGGACCAGGCCGACACCGGUGCUGAGACUCCAGGACACACCCCCGCACACACCCCCUCAAGCACCCGAUGGGAUGAAACACCUGGCCGCCCUAAAGGCAGUGAAACCCCAGGGGCCACUCCCAGCACCCGUAUGUGGGACCCCACUCCAAGCCACACACCCUCAGGCGCUGCCACCCCUGGCAGGGACACCCCCGGCCACGCCACACCUGGCCACGGUGGAGCCACCGGUAGCGUUCGUAAAAACCGUUGGGACGAAACACCAAAGACAGAAAGAGAGACUCCGGGUCAUGGGAGCGGCUGGGCUGAGACCCCACGAACAGACAGAGGAGACGAGUCUGUGGGCGAGACUCCAACUCCAGGGGCCAGUAAGAGGAAGUCUAGGUGGGAUGAAACGCCCGCCAGUCAGAUGGGAUCCUCAACACCUCUCCUCACCCCUGGGAAGACUCCCAUUGGAACACCAGCUAUGAACAUGGCUACCCCAACACCAGGUCACAUGAUGAGCAUGACCCCAGAGCAGCUGCAGGCGUGGAGGUGGGAGAGGGAAAUCGAUGAAAGGAACCGGCCCCUCACAGACGAGGAGCUGGAUGCCAUGUUUCCAGAGGGAUACAAGGUCUUGCCUCCUCCAGCAGGUUAUGUGCCAAUUCGUACUCCGGCCCGCAAGCUGUCAGCCACACCCACUCCUAUUGGAGGCAUGACAGGUUUCCACAUGCAGGUGGAGGACCGCACCACGAAACAGAUGAAUGACCAGCCCUCAGGAAACCUCCCCUUCCUCAAACCCGAUGACAUCCAGUACUUUGACAAAUUGCUGGUGGAGGUGGACGAGUCCACGCUGACCCCGGAGGAGCAGAAGGAAAGGAAGAUCAUGAAGCUGUUGCUGAAAAUUAAAAAUGGAACACCACCCAUGAGAAAGGCUGCUCUGCGUCAGAUCACCGAUAAGGCUCGUGAGUUUGGAGCGGGCCCCCUGUUCAACCAGAUCCUGCCGCUGCUCAUGUCGCCCACGCUGGAGGACCAGGAGCGCCAUCUGCUGGUUAAGGUCAUUGACCGUAUUCUAUACAAGCUGGAUGACCUGGUCCGGCCGUACGUGCACAAGAUCCUGGUGGUGAUCGAGCCGCUGCUGAUUGAUGAAGACUACUACGCCAGAGUAGAAGGCAGAGAAAUCAUCUCUAACUUGGCAAAGGCUGCUGGUUUGGCGACGAUGAUCUCCACGAUGCGUCCUGAUAUCGACAACAUGGACGAGUACGUCAGAAACACAACGGCCAGAGCCUUCGCUGUGGUGGCCUCUGCCCUCGGUAUCCCCUCUCUGCUGCCCUUCCUCAAAGCUGUGUGUAAAAGCAAGAAGUCCUGGCAGGCUCGACACACGGGCAUCAAGAUCGUGCAGCAGAUCGCCAUUCUCAUGGGCUGUGCUAUCCUGCCCCACCUCCGCAGCUUGGUGGAGAUUAUUGAACACGGUCUGGUGGAUGAGCAGCAGAAGGUGAGGACCAUCAGUGCUCUGGCCAUAGCUGCUCUUGCAGAAGCUGCUACUCCCUACGGUAUCGAGUCAUUCGACUCCGUCCUCAAGCCGCUCUGGAAGGGUAUCAGACAGCACAGAGGAAAGGGUCUGGCUGCUUUCCUCAAAGCUAUUGGCUACCUGAUCCCACUGAUGGACGCUGAGUACGCAAACUACUACACCAGAGAGGUGAUGUUGAUCCUGAUCAGGGAGUUCCAGUCCCCUGAUGAGGAGAUGAAAAAGAUUGUGCUCAAGGUGGUGAAGCAAUGUUGUGGCACUGAUGGUGUGGAAGCCAACUACAUCAAGACCGAGAUCCUGCCUCCGUUUUUCAAGCACUUCUGGCAGCACAGGAUGGCUCUGGACAGACGAAACUACAGACAGUUGGUGGACACCACGGUGGAGUUGGCCAACAAAGUGGGAGCAGCAGAAAUCAUUUCUCGCAUCGUGGACGACCUGAAGGACGAGGCCGAGCAGUACAGAAAAAUGGUGAUGGAGACCAUUGAAAAGAUCAUGGGCAACCUUGGUGCUGCUGACAUCGACCACAAGCUGGAGGAGCAGCUGAUCGACGGCAUCCUGUACGCCUUCCAGGAGCAGACGACAGAGGACUCUGUGAUGCUGAACGGCUUCGGCACCGUGGUGAACGCCCUCGGGAAGCGGGUGAAGCCCUACCUUCCUCAGAUCUGCGGUACGGUGCUGUGGCGUUUGAACAACAAGUCGGCCAAAGUCCGCCAGCAGGCCGCUGACUUGAUCUCCCGUACGGCUGUGGUCAUGAAGACCUGUCAGGAGGAGAAGCUGAUGGGUCACUUGGGUGUGGUGCUGUACGAGUACCUGGGAGAGGAGUACCCCGAGGUGCUGGGCAGCAUCCUGGGAGCACUGAAGGCCAUCGUGAAUGUUAUUGGUAUGCACAAGAUGACUCCACCAAUCAAAGACCUGCUUCCUCGUCUGACUCCCAUCCUGAAGAACAGGCACGAGAAGGUGCAGGAGAACUGCAUCGACCUGGUGGGCAGGAUCGCUGACAGGGGUGCUGAGUACGUGUCGGCCAGGGAGUGGAUGAGGAUCUGUUUUGAGCUGCUGGAGCUGCUGAAGGCUCACAAGAAGGCCAUCCGCAGAGCCACCGUCAACACGUUCGGCUACAUAGCCAAAGCCAUCGGUCCCCACGACGUCUUGGCGACUCUGCUCAAUAACCUGAAGGUGCAGGAGCGUCAGAACAGAGUCUGCACAACCGUGGCCAUCGCCAUCGUCGCUGAGACCUGCUCGCCCUUCACGGUGCUGCCUGCACUCAUGAACGAAUACCGCGUGCCCGAGCUCAAUGUGCAGAACGGCGUGCUCAAGUCCCUCUCCUUCCUGUUCGAGUACAUCGGAGAGAUGGGCAAGGACUACAUCUACGCCGUCACGCCACUGCUGGAGGACGCACUCAUGGACAGAGACUUGGUCCACCGGCAGACGGCGAGCGCUGUGGUCCAGCACAUGUCUCUGGGCGUCUACGGGUUUGGCUGUGAAGACUCGCUGAACCACCUCCUCAACUACGUGUGGCCCAAUGUGUUCGAGACGUCGCCUCACGUGAUCCAGGCCGUCAUGGGCGCCCUGGAGGGGCUGAGGGUCGCCAUCGGUCCCUGCCGCAUGUUGCAGUACUGCUUACAGGGUUUGUUCCAUCCAGCGAGGAAGGUGAGAGACGUCUACUGGAAGAUCUACAACUCGAUCUACAUCGGCUCACAGGACGCCCUCAUCGCGCACUACCCACAAGUCUACAACGACGAGAAAAACAUCUUCGUCCGCUACGAGCUCGAAUAUGUCUUGUAAAUACAAAUUGAUGCGCUCUCUGGUUUUCUCUCCUCCCUCAACUCUAUCGUCGUCUCGGUUUAAAUCCGAGUUGGUUUUAAUUCAGCAGCUUUAUGUUGGUCUUUCCCGGGGGCUGAAGUAGAAAGUCCACGUCCUGAUUGCCACUUAAAUGAUCCUGGAAAAACAACAGUGAAAAUAGGGAAUAUGGGGAAAUGAAAGAAGGAACUUUGUCGAGUCUGUGUAUUGUUUUUUUUUAUUUUCCCUGUGAGGAAUGCUCGGGGUCAGUUGAGCCUUGCCUGAAGGACGCAGCGCCGUCACGAUGAUGUUUUAAAUACUUUUGAUUAUUUUUGUUGCUUGUGUAUCGCUAGUCUUCUGUAUCAGCUGUACACACCCAGUCCAAGUUUCACACCUCUGUUCUUAUUAGGUUGUUGCUUUAUUUAACCUAAAUAAAAUGUUUGUGUAUAAAAAUCUGA